AUGGCGGAUUCAGAGCAACCCAAUACCAGAGUGUCCAACAAUGACGUUCCUGAUCAUUCAGUUCAUAUCCGCUCUCGAUCAACUGCCCACACCCAGAGUCCAAAACGUCUGUCGGUCUUCAGUGGUCGUUCCAGGAGUAAUACAACUACUUCCACCACAUCAUCACGCCGCUCCCCCGCCUCCUCCAUGACAUCUAUGGAUGCUGCUUCCCUGCCCUCAUCUCAAGAUGAACGGACUAGUUCGGCCGGUGUCCGCUCGGAGCGACAGGAGAGUAUGACCAAAUCGCUUUUCUCGCGUGGGAGUCGUAUCCUCCGUCGACAGGGAAGUAAAUUCAACAUCGUUGCCACGCUGGAUGAAGAGGAUGAAAUGGAGCGUGAGAAAUCCCGGUUUGAGGUCUCAGACCUCUUCAGCCGUCACCACAGGUCGCGGCAGAGCGAUGCUCAUGAACAAUUGAAAAACCUUAUCUCGGAUCCCUUUGACUUUCACCACCUAACUCAUACGAGUCCAUCGCAUUUCCAGGCAAUGGACAGGGCCCGGGAAAAUGACCUAGUCACUGAAUUCUCCGCCAUCCGUGCCUCUCAGAGACCUAUCACAGGACUUAAGGGUAUCCGCGCGGAAGAUCUUCAUUUCCGUGACUUCUCGUCUGAGAACCUCGCCAAUUGUGUGACAGGUAUUGCAAGGGACCAAGAUGUUCCCACUCCGAUUAGCCCUCCUGGGUCGCCAGGAACAUCGUCAUCAGCAACGAGCCCCAAGCAGCAAGAUGAUAGGCUAAGAAGGGAGUCACGAGUCUGUGAGAACUUUUCUCGGCCGUAUCCCAGAGCCGGUGCAAUUACGCCGCCCGGGUUGGCGGCAUCUCCAGAAAUAUCUGAACCAGCUCCUCGUGCCAUUGAUGAGAUAUUGGGUCUGUCGUCCCCAUCAACAUACCCGGAACAUGUCUACUCAAACGGCGAUGACGAAGCCCAAGAAGGCCGCUUACUCCAUAUGAAUGUUGAAAGCAUCUUCCCACCGAGCAUUGGGCAGGCCAUCGUUCCCGACGCUCAAAAAGACACGAUUGAUUUCAGAACUUCGUCCAUGUCAUUCACCAACAUAUCCUCAGAUCUUGAUGUCCUUCCAGAAGAAGAGGAGGCUACCAAUUCAAGGGAAACUUGGGCGUUUGGUAUAGAGAAAACCAAGGCGUGCGCCCAGUCUCGGCUAAACUCACCUCCAACUGAACUGCAGAGCACCUCUGGAGUCAGGCCUAAGUCUAAUCUAACUGUAUACGUGAGCGAAGAAUUAUCGAAGAAGGUUUCUGAGGCUCUUGGCUCUCCUACGCUCCCUCAAUAUCGUCAGCCCGAGGCAUCGCCACACGACCAAAAACUAGGUGGAACGGUAAGGAGAACAGCAUCCAUCCGUCGAAGAGCAACAUAUGAAACCAUCUAUGAAUCUUGGGAUGCCGAUAUUGACUACUGCUACGAGCAUGCAGCAGAGUCGAAUUGUAACUUCGACUGGGCUCGUAAUUCGUUUGAUGAACCACAACAGGACGCAGUUGACGUUUCCAUCGCGGGUUCCCAGGUCGAUCCGGUGAAUGGGGCCAACAAAAUUCACCUGCUCCCUGCUGCACAUUUGAGUACGUCCACAGUUCCUGGAUUGGAUCUGGAGCCCAGUCCGCCUCGUUUGUUUCCUAGCGCGCAGGUUUCCUUAACCCCGUCCACCACAAGUUACGAAAUUGAGGAAGGCGGCUCUCGGCGGAAUAACGAUUAUUACCAACCAGUCAGCUCUUCAAUGUUUCCAUCGACCCUGGGAAAGCACUUGACCCAUGAUGUCUUAUAUGAGGAGUACCUGGCAGGUGAUGCUGAAUCAGAUCGGCACUUCUCCUUCUGCUCACAGGGAGUGAUCCAACCCAUGGAACAGCCUGUCUCUCCCCGGAGUAGUUUCUCUCCGAUCAGCAAAUGCAACUCUGAAGAGAGCCUAAUCUUAUCCCGUGCGGCAUCAAUCGUCCGCAAGCAUCGCUCUUCCGUCUCGACCACUAGUGUUCCAGAGCUUGUGCACAGCUUGGCAAAUAGCCGGGAGUUGUCCACGACGGACCAAACCGCCUCAAGUGAUCACUCUCUGCCCUCCGGGCCUGGACAACCAGAGUCGUCUUCUUACCAUCGUCAAACGAAAAGCCUAGCAAGAGAGAUUGAGACUCAGGUUGCUUUUCGAGCUGAUGGCAGUAUGAUUCUUGAAUCUGCUGGGAUCAUACCAAAUCCGGGCCCUGCUAUUCAUGAUCGGGCAAGAUCCAUAUCUGAAGUAGAGGCGACCAAGGCUGAAGUCCCUAUCAGAGGAACGCAUCGGCGAAAGGGUAGAGCAUCGUACUCGCUCUUUCCAUCUUCCGCAACUUCAGCUAACGUGCUGUAG